ACAUUUAAAUGUCAUUUAACAAAAGCCCGACUCAAAAUUAAAUGGGCCGGAAGAAAUUAUGAGCCCAGUAAUAGUAAUUGCUUGUGACAGACUUUUGGGCCGUGUUUGGGCCAAGCCCAACCCUGACCUGUUUUGGGCUUUGGUUGGGCCCAGUUCCAACUCUGACCGAGUCAACACCAUAAACACUAGAAAAAGUUUAAACCAUGUCUCCUCUUUCGACCGAGAGCGGGAACUCCCAAAACCAAAUCUCUCUCUCUCUCUCUCUCUCUCUCUCUCUCUCUUCCCCCAUUCCCCUUGAAACCCUAGAAACCCUAACUCCGUCACCGAGAACCACUCCAUUGAACACCUCCGCCAAAUCCCCUCCCCACGUUUGCUAGGGUUUCUCAUGGAUCUGCCGAGGUGCCGCGCUCAAACGGGUCUCUCGUAGCCUCGGAGAUGAGCGACCAAGAGGAGCUCGCAGGGCCCGGCGGCGGCGGCGGUGCAUCGCGGUUCCACCUCCUCCAACCCAACCGCGAUCCCCAAUCCAAUUGGGAGGUCGAUCUCGCCGCGAAUCUCGAGGAGUACCUCCUUAGGAUCUGCUCCGGGGAGAUCUCCGCCGCCGACGACCAAGACCACGCGCUCCACUCCGUCAACUUCGCCGAAGCUGCACUGCUUCUCCAAGGAUCGGUCCAAGUGUACAGCCGGAAAGUUGAGUACUUGUAUUCAUUGGUUUUGCAUGCAUUGGAGUUUCUUUCGCAGAAGAGGCAAGACCAACAGGAGAAAACUUUUGCUCAAGCUGAUGGAAAUGCACCUGAUUCAAUUAUACAUGAAGAGGACGAAACAUUUCUGGGAUUAGAUGAUGUGCUAGUGGAAGCGAAAAAUACUUUGGAUGAUGUGCAUGAUAAAGAGGACUCUGUCAGGCGAAUACCGAAGCCCCCUGCUAAUCUACUUGUACUUGAAGGAGAUUGUCUAGAUAGCAGUGGUGAUUCUGGUGAAUUAGAAUCGUAUUUGUUAGCGACAUGUGACUUUUAUGGUGAUUUUCUUCUCUUAGACCCCUGUGACGCCCCAGCUGUUGAUGAUUUCUUGCAAACGAAUUAUGUUGUUGAAGAAAGUGUAUUACCUAGCAGAGGCAGCUCGGUGAGGUCCAAAGGUCGUAACGGUUUUUUUGCUUCGCCAACUGGAAGAUCUGGAGGAUCUGCUCGUAAAUCAACUCAUAAGGAAACCCAAGGGAUCAAUUUGGAUAGAAAUUUAGAGCAAAAUUUUGAUUUUGUAGAUAAUGAGAAUUAUAAUCGAGAUUAUCCCGAUCAUAAUAACUUCGAAGGGGAGCAACCAAAUUUUGGAUGUUCAAGUGUUAGGGAUGAUUCAGAUGAUGAAUAUGAAGAUCCGUGGAAGCCAUUGAAUCCCCAUGAACCUGGGGAUUUGAAGAUAAAACCCUUCAAAAAAGUUAAGGCUUUUGCAAGACGGGUAACAUGUAACACUAAACGGAGCACCACCAGUUCCCAGUUUCCUAUUGCCAAGUUGGAUGGCGUUAUUAUCCCCGAGUUUGCAAAAUCAUUUGAAGUACAGCUAUCUCUUCAAAAAAAGCAGCAGGCGUCACACUCCCCCCCUCUGUAUGAAAAGCUUAGGAGAUCACUUACAUUUGGGGAAGAAAUUCAUCAUGGGUUUGGUCAUUUCGAGGAUGAGAAUGAUGAUGCAGGUGGCGAUCAUUCUCCUGAUUGUGCUCAAGAGGAAGUUGAUGUAGACCAUGAUUUGUAUCAUAUGGAUGCGGACUUGCCCACAUACCAUGACAAGAGUGAUAAUGCUAAUUUUGAUGGAGUUGAAGGAUUCGCGCAAGAUCAUCUUGAUUCCCAUGGAAACCUUGAAGACUUGUGCCGCUCGCAUUUGGAUUCUCUUCUUGCUAGCAUAGCUGAGACUGAGAAGCAGACAGAAUUAGCUGCACGAGUCUCAACAUGGAGACAACGAAUUGAACACACCUUGGAAGAGCAAGAAUCACAUCCGGCUUUUGACAUUCACUUGUAUGGAGAAAGAAUCCUGGACAAACUCUCCUCAGAAGCAGAUGAUGCGGGAGCAAUGCCUUUUACGAAUAUAGUGUUGGGCCAAUCUAAGUACGAGGUAGCCAGGACAUUUUCUGCUCUUCUCCAAUUGGUGAAUGAUGGUAAUGUCGAUUUGCAAAGAGACACAUCAAGCAAUGAGUUGGUAUGUCACACAAGCACUAACCCCUUCUCUGUCACACUCAUUAAUCGUGAUAAAAGAGAAGAAACGGAGAGCCGGUGGGCUAGGAAGAGGUUAAAGUCCCCUUUAAAGAAAGUUUCUAAAAGAGGCAAACCUUGUGUCGUGAACGACGCAUCCCACUUGAACUCGCCGAGUCAGAGUGGCAAAUUUUCUGUUAAGCUUGGGAAGGGCAAUGUUAUUAGGUGCACCCCCGAGGGGAAAAGGAGGCGAAGGUCGGCUCGGUUUGCAGAGCCCUUUGAUUUGAAGUUUGCUAGCUGACACAUGUAAUCUUCAUAUUCCCAUCACUAUCCGAUGCUCUAUAGCACUGAUUUGUGUUGCCGCGCUCCAAUAACAGGCGGGGCGAGGGGGGGAUUCAAAUAUAAUUUACAUGUAUGUCUUAGGUCCAGGAGUAUAUACAUGUGCCAAAGAUAAUGUAAUUCCUGUAUGUAUUAUCGUUAGCAAAUUUAAUGCUAGGCUUGUAAUGUAGUAGUGCACAGCUUGAUGAUUAUCUCCGCAAGAGCUCUCCUACAUAAGGUUAUCAUUAACAAGCUAAUGUAUUGUUUUUGUCCAUUUCUUUGUGACGGUAAAACACUUGUGGUUUAGCUCAAUUCGACUU